AUGUCGGCGCCUAACGUACUCAACGCCAUUUCUAGAUAUGCCGUUCCCGUCUUCAUCGCCGUGUCGCUGGGCCAGGCGGCAAUAUACGACGUCAAAGGUGGGACGAGGGCAGUCAUUUUCGACCGGAUUGGGGGUGUGAAAGAUCAGGUGGUCAACGAAGGCACACACUUCCUGGUUCCGUGGCUGCAGAAGGCCAUCAUCUACGACGUGCGGACGAAGCCUAGGAACAUCAGCACCACCACCGGAAGCAAGGACUUGCAGAUGGUCAGCCUGACUCUGCGCGUACUGCAUCGACCGGAGGUGCAGAAGCUGCCAAAGAUCUACCAGGCCCUCGGUCAAGACUACGAUGAGAGGGUACUUCCGUCCAUCGGCAACGAGGUUUUAAAAGCCAUUGUCGCCCAGUUCGAUGCCGCAGAGUUGAUUACUCAGAGAGAGGCAGUGUCGCAGCGGAUCCAAAACGACCUUAUGCUCCGAGCGUCGGAGUUCAACAUUGCCUUAGAGGACGUCUCCAUCACGCAUAUGACUUUUGGCAAGGAAUUCACACGAGCCGUUGAACAGAAACAGAUUGCACAACAAGAUGCAGAACGGGCGAGAUUCGUCGUCGAAAAGGCUGAGCAAGAGAGACAAGCCAACGUCAUCCGCGCCGAGGGUGAAGCCGAGGCCGCCGAAAUCAUCAGCAAAGCGGUGGCCAAGGCUGGCGAUGGUCUGAUCCAGAUCAGAAGAAUUGAAGCUAGCAAAGAUAUUGCGCAGACCUUGGCCAGCAAUCCAAAUGUCACGUAUUUGCCCGGUGGCGGAGACGGAGAAAACGGAAAGGGCAAGAACACGGGGUUAUUACUUGGACUUCGAGCAUGA